AUGGCCAAGGCCGAAGAUGAUGAUGGCGUUCAUCCAGUAAUCUGCGGCCUAUUCAUAUUCAUCUAUCUAUCUAUCUAUCUAUCUAUCUAUCUAUUCAUCUAUCUAUCUAUCUAUCUAUCUAUUUAUCUAUCUAUUCGGCUGCCCAUUAAUAUCUAUCUAUCUAUCUAUCUAUCUAUCUAUCUGUUAAUGUCGAUCUGCGUAUCUAUGUUUGUAUCUAUCUCACUAUCUAUCCAUCUAUCUAUCUAUUCAGUCUAUAAUUAUCUAUCUAUAUAUCUAUCUAUUAUUCUAUUAUAUAUCUAUCUAUCUAUCUAUCUAUCUAUCUAUCCUACAAAAUCAUUAUUCAUCCAUUAUCUAUUCUAUCUAAAUAUUCUUUCUUUUUUCUAUUCUUUUCUUUUAUUAUUUAUUUAUUUUUAUAUAUUAUAUAUUUUAUUAUAUUUCUCUCUAAAUUUUUUUUAUUUUUCUUCUUUUUUUUUCUAUCUUUUUUUCUUUUUUUUAUUCAUUUUUUUUUUUUUUUUUUUUCUUUCUUUCUUUCUUUUUAAAAUUUUUUCUUUUCAAAAUUUUUCUUUUAUUUAUUUUUAA